AUGGGUCACCAGGAAGAGCCGCCAAGCAUAUGCAAACCACCCAGUGGGCAUGAACAGGGAGAAGGCUCAGGAGAAAAGGCAUCAGAACCAUCGACCGAGGAGGCGAACUGGAAUGGACCGACGGAUCCUUCGCGACCGGUGAACUGGUCGAGGAGAAAGAAAUGGUGGAAUAUGGGCAUCAUCUCCUAUCUUACCUUUCUUACCCCCUUAACCUCGUCCAUAGUCGCACCGGCACAGGGGCUCGUGAUGAAAGACUUCCAUUCUGCCAACAGGACUCUAGCCUCCUUCGUUGUCUCCAUCUACCUCGUCGGCUUCGCCGUCGGACCGCUGUUUCUCGCGCCGCUCUCCGAAAUCUAUGGUCGACUGCGCGUCUAUCAGGUGGGCACGUUGAUCUUUACGACUUGGAACAUCGCAAGUGCUCUCGCCCCUAACGUCGGUGCACUUUUGGUCUUUCGUCUAUUCGCCGGCAUCUCUGGUAGCAGUCCGGUCACACUGGGGGCAGGUUCGGUCGCGGAUAUAUUUGCUCGCCAGGAGCGUGGAGUUGCCAUGUCCAUCUAUGGGCUGGGCCCGCUCCUUGGCCCUGUCAUCGGGCCGAUCGCAGGUGGCUAUCUCUCCGAAGCACAAGGUUGGCGAUGGGUUUUCUGGUUGCUAGCUAUUGUGUCCGGGGUCGCGGUCAUUCUUGUUUUUCUUGUCCUAUCCGAAUCGUACGAACCGGUUCUCCUGCGACAAAAAGCGAAUCGAAUCAGACACGAAAACCGAUCUCAGGAGGUGAACGUUGGACAGGCUCUGAAGCUAGACUCAAGGAAGGUUUUCAUCCAGGCAAUAACAAGGCCCACGAAAUUACUCUUCCUCACCCCAAAUGUCGCCUUGUUCUCGCUAUACACGGGAGUCGUUUUCGGCUACCUCUACCUACUCUUCACCACCGUCACCGAAGUAUACGAAACCACCUACCAUUUCAGUCAGGGUGCCACCGGACCUGUUUACAUCGGCAUUGGUGUCGGAGCCCUCAUUGGUAUUUCUUGCUUCGGCGCCCUCUCCGACAAGAUCCAAAACCGCCUCAUCGCAAAAAACGACGGCCACGCUGAGCCGGAAUUCCGACUUCCGCCGCUCAUCCCGGGAAGCUUCCUAAUCCCCAUCGGUCUCUUCUGGUACGGCUGGUCCGCCCAGAUGCGUGUCCAUUGGAUAAUGCCCAUCAUUGGGCUGGGCUGGGUCGGCUGUGGGAUGAUCACUACCCUUCUCCCCAUCCAAGCGUACCUCGUUGACGCGUUUGGCGAAUAUGCUGCCUCAGCCAUAGCGGCGAACACGGUCGUGCGGUCUAUUGUUGGAGCCUUCUUGCCGCUUGCCGGGCCUUCUAUGUAUGCUAAGCUAGGGCUGGGGUGGGGGAAUUCAUUGCUCGGGUUUGUCGCCUUGGGUUUGUUGCCGGUACCGGUGGUUUUCUACUUUUAUGGCAAGAGGAUCCGCAUGAACUCGCGCUAUCAGGUGUCGGUGUAAUAAAUGUGGUGUAAUA